AUGGACAGCUUCUCUGUUCGCAUAUCAGAGAAAAACAAACCGAACAAAGUACUUAUAGAUAGACUAGGGAAAGAACAUCAUAGUGAAGAGGGAAUAUUGAUUGAACAAGCACCAAGUCUGAUCCAAUCCCCAUUGCAAGAGUGGUCUGUGUUAGGAACUGUAAACUAUAUAGAUUCCAAGCACUUUUUUGUCCCACAAGGCAAUGCUGCAAUCAAGAUUGUUUCAACUGGCAUACAAACAGCAGCAAGCCUUAAAGAGGGAUCGAGUUAUAAUUUGGAAUUUAUUCUAGGAGAUGCCAACAACUCGUUUGUGAAAGAUUUCCUAGUGUCUGCCCAAUCAGGGUCAACAAUUCAAAAUUUUACUCUUCUCAGCAGUGGCACAGGCUCAGCCAAGAAUUUCUCAAUGAAGUUCAAGGCAGAUUCAAGUGUGACAACAAUCAGUUUUAUGAGUUACGCUGCAAGCCAAACAAAAGAUGGUAUUCUUUUUCCUGUGGUUGAUGAUGUAGUUUUGCGUGUUUCGCUUGGGAUGAAACCAGAUAUCCAAUGGAUUGUUCUGGUUUUUCUGUAUUUGGUAGCCUUUCUAACGUUUCAUUGA